AUGUUCUGGGGACUCCCCAUGCCUUCGGUUAUUUCUCUUGGUAUGGUCGCAUUCGAGCAUCUAACGAGAGGCCUUGGGCUGAAGGGUUGGCUCAUGAAAGGGCAAAUUGUGACAUUGCUUCCAGGGCUUCGCACAACGAAGCAAUGUGCUUUUGACAACAAUCGUGUCGAUCGAGAGGGGACAAUGUAAAGCAUGUGACAAGAGGAAUCUCGUCAACCUCUUCGGAUGUGCAAGUCUCUUGUCAAGGGAAGCGAAGAAAUGAAGGAAGGAGAAAUUCGCAGUGCACAGUGUGGCCGCAGCAGCACGUAACUCUAGGCUGAGUGGGGUCAGGGUUGCUCUACGACCCACAGGUACAGACAGACAGACGCACAUGUGCGCAGUAUGAAGCGCACUGUGUCGUCGAAGAAAGUGGCAGGCCGGCAAUUGUCGGAUCAGAGAUCCCAAAUGUCACUCAGUCCUCCUGCGAUGCCUUUUCUCGAGCCCACAAUUUCCCGAGACUCUCUGCGGUUUGUCGACCUGUAGAUUGCCCGUUCUGCUGAAGCAAACCGACGACCUCGAAGGACGACGACGAAGCCCCGGCGCGACGGCAACACGUCCUUGCCACUUUUCGGCGGCUGGUUCGAUUCACGAUAUCGAAGCUACAGAGCCAAGUGCACAAUCAUUGCUUGAGGAGAACAGAGGCGGUCAAACGCUCGAAGUUUGUGGUGCGCUGGCCGGAUUUUACACUUUAGGGCCGACCGAGGCACUGGGUUGUUGGUCGAACUUGAUGUCAACAGAACGUAAGACAGUUUGACUCGACCUCCGGCUCGAGAGAUUCAAGUUUUCGGGAAAGCUCGAGGGAUUGAGCAUUGAAUUGCUGCCGUUUCUUGAGCUUUGGUACGUCCUCUCAUAUGAUUCCGCAUCUGAGUGUCGGGGUUCUGGUGCUGGUGCUGGUUCUCACCGGGUUUUUUUCAACAGCAUAUCGAGUGUCUGUGUCCCUUCUGCACGGAUUGCAUGCCUAUCUUCUUCCCGAAGCCGGAGAAAAAGAGGAAACCGCAGGGAAAGGGAAACGAAGGCCUCAAGGUUCAGCCAGGCAGAAGAAGGGAAAGAAAGACAGCAAAGAUGUGUGGGACGAAGCCGGCUCCCAGAUUUUGAGAAUUGAUCUGGCCGAGUCUCAGCUAGAGACUAGAAAAUACUUCCAGGAGUAUGACGAAGCAAUUAUCUACACCAUUCUCGGUCUCACCAACUUCGUGACGAGGGAGAUUCUCCAAUUCACAUCCGCCGCUCUGCAGACGAGGCACGAAUGGGCUCGACAUCUCGCUCCAGACGAACGCAUCACAUUCAUGGUCGGAGCGUUUACUUGCUACAAACUCCUCCGGCUGCUUGCACGCGUGGGCUUUGAUCCCAGGUUGGCGCGAAGCUCAGAGCGCUGGUGGAACUGGGGGGUUGGCUUCCUGGGGUUCGCCGCUGCUUACAUUCUGCUGAUCGUGCUCCCGGUAUCGGUGGUCGAUUUCGGCAUAGAUGGAGCAGUCCUGGAUGCUGGCAAGGCUGCGACUCUCUUCAUGCAGAAGAAGGGUGUGGAAGCCCCGAUGGAUUUCUCGGUGUCUCCCAUGUCCGUGAAGGUUAUAAUCGCUCUAUUUUCCGGGAUCGUAUCGGGUCUUCUCUUCGGAGCCUCGCUCCGGAAUGUCAAGAAUUACUGGGUCGGAACGGACCACCUCCUGUGGAAUAUUGCUGUGCUUAAGAGAGGCCCCCUUGUGAGGGACUUUUUGCACCUGAGCUUGUUUCUCGCUCCCGCCGCCUCCUUGAUUUGGUUCAAGCCGAUGGCAGCGAUGUUCCUUCAUCCCGGCAAGCCUGGUACGUGCGGAGGAGGAGCGGAUGGAUUUGGCGAUUUGGAUGCUCAGAGCUGCGGACAACUCGGUGCUUCAGCAGAAGGGCUGGGCUCCAAACUGCAGAAUGGCAUUGCCAUGCUCGGGGUGGUCGGGAGGGGUGUUCUUGCACGGGAUUAUGACUGGGCUGCAGAUCUGGGCUUCGCGGAAGACACCUUCCACCGAAUUCAAUUGUGGGCACUUUUCGUCGUGGGGGCACUGCAAGUGUCUCUGUUCCGCGUCAACCUCCAGUCGUACUGCAAUGGGGCAGUGUUGUCCUGGUACAGGGGCUUGCAUCAAAGCAAAGUCCACAAUCCGGAGGUCACCAAAGCCAAGAUCUUCCUCAACAAUUACUUCGUGUGCAGAAUCGCUUUGCAGAGUUUGGUGCCCGGAGUUCUGGUUCUCCACUUUUUAGGAUUGGCCAGAACUCGUGGCAUGCAUUUGGACGAAGCGGCUGAGCAGGGAGCCUUCUUCUUCGCCCCUUCGUUUGUUCGGGCCCUGAUGCUGUUCGCGUCGUGGUGGACCGUCUUCACGUGGGCUCUUCAGUCUUGUGUAGUUCUAGCUCUCUUCCGCUUCGGGGUUCUCUCCAGCACAGCGUAAUCUGCUGCAACUGUCUUGUCUUGCAAAUUACAAAGAAGUAAUUUGUCCAAUUAUUUUCCUGCACAAAGCAACACGAGUCCAUGUCGAUUCGAGCCUUCUAUUCGAAACUCGUCCAUUUUCCGCUCUGCCCGCCGCUUGAAUUUGGGUUUCUUGACACUGCCUCACACCGAUUCCUCAAGAAUGACGAUCCCUUCCAUCGACACAUCGGGAUGCCAGCGUU